AUGGUCGAACUCGACCUGAAGUCACUGCGAAAGCAUAUUGUGACACCACCAACAAAGCAUGAACAAGAGUACUUGAUUGGAUUUCGCGGAAUACUCGUUAUCCAGUCCUUCCUAUGGAUGUUCCUACAGACUUUUGCACCGACGACGGUGUAUGCCUCCGGUAAUCCUCAUGGUCCUCUUGGCCAGGAGAUUGUGCGAAAAGUGCUCUCGGUGCUGUUCUGGAAUGAAUAUUUCCUAUACGGAUCCAUUAUUUUUCUAUCGGCACGUUCAAUUGCCAUCCCCUUCUUCCGCAACCCAACAUCGCCGGUAAUUGCGCGCUCGCUUCUUACUCGCGCCUUACAAUUAUGUAUUCCGGCUGCAAUCUGCCUGGCAAUCGUCAAAGGGUCGAUGACUUCUAAUACUUUUAAUACAAUAUGGCAGUUCAAAACCACCACUAACAAUAAUUCCAUGCCAUUUCCAAUCGAGCUUUCCACGACACUGUCAUAUUGGAACUCCGUAUUUAAUUUAUUCUGGACCACGCAUGGCUUCAGAGCUCAAUCGGGCAACUACGCUUUUCCCACGCAGACACUUUGGAUGAUCAAUGCGGUCUACAUUCAAAGCUACACUGUCUACAUGAUCAUGGUAAUUGUGCCUCACACACGGCCCGCGUGGAGAGUGCAGUUCGGCAUCUUCUUCGUUAUCGCUGCCUGGUGGUGCAACUCCUGGGCUUGGUACACUGUAUCCGGACUGCUAAUGUGUGAUAUGGUAAUGCACAUGGACUUCAAACAAAACGCAUUGAUUGGUAUACCCGUCCAAUUUCGUGGUCUUGUCUGGAGGUCCAGAAAUGGUCAGCCUCGGCGCAUUCCCACAUGGCUUGUCGGCUGUUUAUUGCUCAUCGGCGGGCUUCUCAUGCAGUACUUGUGGGUGGCUUAUCGACCACAGUUGUUUUAUUCGGAAUGGAGGAUUCAUUCAAAUCCUUACACUACCGCCGGCCUUGACGAAAAUUACAUAACCGAGCAUAUCUCUGCAAGAGACGAUGUUUAUAUUACAAUCUUGGGUAUUUUCACCCUUUUGGAGACGUACGAAGUUCUGCAGCGGGUUUUGCAGAACAAGUUCUUGCUGUUCCUUGGUCGUCGGUCACUGAGCUACUUCCUCCUUCAAUCUAUUCUUGCCUACAUUGUGGGCAUCCCUGUAUUCGAGAGUCUUCGAAAUCACCACGGAAUCCCCUACGGAGGCUCAGUCAUGGUGACACUUAUCACUUGCAUUGCGGUUACUGUGCCUGCAGCUGAGCUGUUCCAACGUCUGAUCGUGGUCCCGAGUAGGUAUUUCAGUCACAUUUUUUACGAGUUCAUUACAUCCUGA